CGGCUGGCGCCUGCGCGUGGCGUUACCAUAGAGAGCAGCCGCCUCUCUGGUCUCGGUUUACAUUCUCUAUGGUCCAGCCGGGUCGGUGGCGGUAAAAGGGAGACUGCACUGCGCAGGCGCUCUCGGCUUCUAUUUUUUUUUUUUUUUUUUUUUUAAUCCCCGCACCAAGCGCUUAACCUCAUUGGGGUGGAGGAGAAGGCGGCGGCUGUCUGGUCCGCAGCGGCAACAGUAGCGAAUAAUACGGCUAAUGGACUGCUGAAUUAUGAAGAAUUUCAGACCCAAGAGUAGAACCUCGCUCUGCCACUCACUCCUUUAUCUCCUGCUAGUUAUUUAAAUUGGACUUUUAAUAUCCUACCAGCUGCUCUUCAGACACACAUGGUGCAUUGUUGCCAUUCCCCGGAUUGCAUCUUUGAAACACAGGCUCUUAGUAACCCUCAGCGAACAAAGAGGCAACCUCCCGGGUACGUUUACUGGGAGGGUGUCACCCUGACUGCCCUCUAGCUUCUGCUGGAUCUGAAUUUGAAUUCCACCAUGGAGCCUCGCAUGGAGUCCUGCCUGGCACAGGUGUUGCAGAAGGAUGUGGGGAAACGACUGCAGGUUGGCCAAGAACUUAUAGACUAUUUCUCAGACAAACAGAAGUCUGCUGACCUUGAGCAUGACCAGACCAUGUUAGAUAAACUUGUGGAUGGGCUCGCUACCUCUUGGGUGAACUCUAGCAAUUACAAGGUGGUUCUUCUCGGCAUGGACAUCCUGUCUGCGCUGGUCACCCGGCUGCAGGAUCGGUUCAAGGCGCAGAUUGGCACAGUGUUGCCAAGUUUAAUAGACAGACUAGGAGAUGCUAAAGACUCUGUGCGGGAGCAAGACCAGACUCUGCUGCUGAAGAUCAUGGAUCAAGCUGCUAAUCCCCAGUAUGUGUGGGACCGGAUGCUGGGAGGCUUCAAGCACAAGAAUUUCCGGACUCGGGAAGGCACGUGCCUCUGCCUUGUUGCCACACUCAAUGCCUCUGGAGCACACACUUUAACACUAAGCAAGAUUGUGCCACAUAUAUGUAACUUACUUGGAGACCCCAACAGCCAGGUUCGAGAUGCAGCAAUAAACAGCUUAGUGGAAAUUUACAGACAUGUAGGAGAACGUGUGAGGGCAGAUCUCAGUAAAAAAGGAUUACCACAGUCCCGGUUGAAUGUAAUUUUUACAAAAUUUGAUGAAGUUCAAAAAUCUGGAAACAUGAUCCAAUCAGCAAACGAUAAAAAUUUUGAUGAUGAAGAUUCUGUGGAUGGUAAUAGACCUUCCUCUGCUAGUUCUACAUCAUCCAAAGCUCCACCCAGCUCAAGGAGAAACGUUGGAAUGGGGACCACCCGCCGGCUUGGUUCCUCCUCUCUUGGAUCCAAGUCUUCAGCUGCAAAAGAAGGAGCUGGUGCUGUUGAUGAAGAGGACUUUAUUAAAGCAUUUGAUGACGUACCUGUAGUACAGAUUUAUUCCAGCCGAGACCUGGAGGAGUCCAUAAACAAGAUUAGGGAAAUAUUAUCUGAUGACAAGCACGAUUGGGAGCAAAGAGUAAAUGCUCUGAAAAAGAUCAGAUCUUUGCUUUUGGCUGGUGCUGCCGAGUACGAUAACUUCUUUCAACAUCUGCGUCUUUUGGACGGAGCGUUUAAACUAUCUGCUAAGGACCUGCGGUCUCAGGUAGUGCGGGAAGCUUGCAUCACAUUGGGGCAUCUGUCAUCAGUUCUGGGAAAUAAAUUUGACCAUGGAGCUGAAGCCAUUAUGCCAACUAUCUUUAAUUUAAUUCCAAACAGUGCCAAAAUUAUGGCCACUUCCGGUGUUGUAGCUGUUAGGUUAAUCAUUCGGCACACACACAUCCCUAGGCUAAUACCUGUCAUAACAAGCAACUGUACCUCUAAGUCUGUCGCAGUUAGAAGGCGCUGUUUUGAAUUUUUAGAUUUACUUUUACAAGAAUGGCAGACACAUUCACUGGAACGACACAUAUCAGUAUUAGCCGAAACAAUAAAGAAGGGAAUACACGAUGCCGAUUCCGAAGCAAGGAUAGAAGCCAGAAAGUGCUACUGGGGUUUCCACAGUCACUUCAGCAGAGAAGCAGAGCAUUUGUACCACACCUUGGAGUCCUCCUACCAGAAAGCCCUGCAGUCCCACCUGAAGAACUCGGACAGCAUCGUGUCUCUGCCGCAGUCCGACCGCUCGUCCUCAAGCUCUCAAGAGAGUCUAAAUCGGCCACUCUCUGCCAAAAGAAGUCCUACCGGGAGCACCACCUCUAGAGCUUCUACGGUCAGCACCAAAUCCGUAUCAACGACCGGGUCCCUCCAGCGGUCUCGAAGCGAUAUUGACGUGAACGCAGCAGCCAGUGCCAAGUCCAAGGUCUCAUCGGCCUCGGGUGCUACGCCUUUCAGCUCUGCAGCGGCCUUGCCUCCGGGGUCCUACGCAUCCUUAGGUCGGAUCCGCACGAGACGGCAGAGCUCCGGGAGUGCCACCAGUGUCGCCACCACACCUGAUAAUCGAGGCCGCAGUCGCGCCAAAGUGGUUUCACAGUCCCAGCGAUCCAGAUCUGCUAAUCCUGCUGGUGCUGGCAGCCGGUCAAGUUCCCCAGGAAAAUUGUUGGGAAGUAGUUAUGGUGGCCUUGCCGGGGGUUCCUCAAGAGGCCCGCCUGUGACUCCCUCUUCAGAGAAACGAAGCAAGAUCCCCAGGAGUCAGGGAUGUAGCCGAGAAACCAGUCCAAACCGGAUAGGAUUAGCACGGAGCAGCCGUAUCCCUCGACCCAGCAUGAGUCAGGGGUGCAGCCGCAAUACCAGCUGUGAGAGCAGCCGCGAUACGAGCCCCGCUCGGGGCUUUCCUCCACUCGACCGGUUUGGGCUUGGCCAGGCAGGAAGAAUACCUGGCUCUGUGAAUGCCAUGCGGGUUUUGAGCACGAGUACAGACCUUGAAGCUGCUGUCGCUGAUGCUUUGCUGUUAGGAGACUCCAGGAGCAAGAAGAAGCCUGUGAGGAGGAGGUAUGAGCCGUAUGGGAUGUAUUCUGAUGACGAUGCCAACAGCGAUGCCUCAAGCGUUUGCUCUGAGCGCUCGUACGGCUCCAGGAACGGCGGCAUUCCCCACUAUCUGCGGCAGACCGAGGACGUAGCAGAAGUUCUCAACCACUGUGCCAGUUCCAACUGGUCGGAAAGGAAAGAAGGGCUUCUCGGCCUGCAGAACUUGCUGAAGAGCCAAAGAACACUGAGUCGAGUAGAAUUGAAAAGACUGUGUGAGAUCUUCACUCGAAUGUUUGCUGACCCUCACAGCAAGGUUUUCAGUAUGUUUUUGGAGACUCUGGUGGAUUUUAUAAUAAUUCAUAAGGAUGACUUACAAGACUGGCUUUUUGUUCUUCUCACACAAUUACUUAAGAAAAUGGGGGCAGAUUUACUUGGAUCUGUGCAAGCAAAAGUUCAAAAGGCUCUAGAUGUCACAAGGGACUCCUUUCCAUUUGACCAACAGUUUAACAUUUUGAUGAGAUUCAUUGUGGAUCAAACUCAAACUCCUAACCUCAAGGUCAAAGUUGCAAUCCUGAAGUACAUCGAGUCCCUCGCUAGGCAGAUGGAUCCAACGGAUUUUGUAAACUCUAGUGAGACGAGGCUUGCAGUUUCUAGAAUUAUAACCUGGACGACAGAACCAAAGAGUUCAGACGUGAGAAAGGCAGCACAAAUUGUGCUGAUCUCUCUGUUUGAAUUGAACACUCCCGAAUUUACCAUGUUACUUGGUGCCUUGCCAAAAACCUUCCAGGAUGGUGCCACCAAACUCCUGCAUAACCACCUCAAGAACUCUAGUAACACCAGUGUGGGCUCUCCGAGCAAUACAAUUGGCCGGCCUCCCUCCCGACACACCAGCAGCAGGACCAGCCCCCUGACCUCACCCACCAACUGUUCCCACGGGGGCCUGUCUCCCAGCAUGCUGGAAUAUGAUACAGAGAACCUGAACUCUGAAGAAAUUUACAGUUCUCUGCGUGGAGUUACAGAAGCCAUUGAAAAGUUUAGUUUUCGAAGCCAAGAGGAUCUGAAUGAGCCAAUUAAGCGAGAUGGCAAAAAGGACUGUGACAUUGGGUCCCGCGAUGGUGGAGUUGCGUCGCCUGCCACGGAGGGCCGGGGAGGCAGUGAUGUGGUGGAAGGAGGCAGAACGGCCCUGGACAACAAGACGUCCCUCCUCAACACCCAGCCCCCCCGCGCCUUCCCUGGGCCGCGGGCGCGAGACUACAAUCCCUACCCCUACUCGGACACCAUCAACGCCUAUGACAAGACAGCCCUGAAGGAGGCCGUGUUCGAUGAUGACAUGGAGCAGCUUCGAGAUGUGCCCAUUGACCAUUCUGACUUGGUGGCUGACCUUCUGAAAGAGCUGUCCAACCACAACGAGCGGGUGGAGGAACGGAAAGGCGCCCUGCUGGAGCUGCUCAAAAUCACCCGGGAAGACAGCCUGGGCGUCUGGGAGGAGCACUUCAAGACCAUUCUGCUCCUGCUGCUGGAGACGCUCGGAGACAAAGACCAUUCCAUCCGAGCACUAGCAUUGAGAGUUCUACGGGAAAUUCUGAGAAACCAGCCCGCAAGAUUUAAGAACUAUGCCGAGCUGACCAUUAUGAAGACUCUGGAAGCCCACAAAGACUCCCAUAAGGAGGUGGUGAGAGCAGCCGAGGAGGCGGCAUCCACGCUGGCCAGCUCCAUCCACCCAGAGCAAUGUAUCAAAGUCCUCUGCCCCAUCAUCCAGACGGCCGACUACCCCAUCAACCUCGCCGCCAUCAAGAUGCAGACCAAAGUCGUCGAGAGGAUCGCCAAGGAGUCCUUGCUGCAGCUCCUUGCCGACAUCAUCCCGGGCUUGCUACAGGGUUAUGACAACACCGAAAGCAGUGUGCGUAAGGCCAGCGUGUUUUGCUUAGUGGCGAUUUAUUCCGUAAUCGGAGAAGAGCUGAAACCUCACCUCGCACAGCUCACGGGGAGCAAGAUGAAGCUACUCAACUUAUACAUAAAGAGGGCCCAAACCACAAACAGCAACAGCAGCUCCUCCUCCGACGUGUCCACACACAGCUAAUGGCAGCGCCAGAGUCUCUUUCUGUCGCCCUAGAAGCAAUCGGUGGUGCCUCUCAGAGACCUUCCCCGCCCCCCGCCCCCCCAUCGGCUGCCCAGUCAGUACACGGAGGCCCGCAGAUAUUUAUUACAAUCAGUAUUUUGGUCCCUUCCAGCUUUUGUGUAGAAUCUUACUGGUAUUGAAUGUAAAGGAAGCAAGGCCUGUUUUGCAGUCUUCGUACGAAACAAGCGGAAUAAGAAAAGAGCCAUACUUACCCAUGUCUUGUACAGCCUGCUGAGAUCAUAAAACCAUGUGUGUGGGGUGCAGUUUUCGCAAAUCAGAGCUCUCUAGCCAAUACAUGGUAGAAAGGAGCAUUUUCUUUUAGUUAAUAACAUUGAGGAGGGUAUGUUAAUUUGUGUUUCUAUCUCAUCUUCGCUUACUUCUUCUGGACACGGCCUGUGACACCAGGAAAGGGUCGUACGUCCUUCAGUUGUAUUGUGAGACCUACUAAGAACGUGAGUCAAAUCCCGGCAAGAAACAAACAGAGGCCUGAAGACCGUCUUUUAACAAACACGUGGGAUUUUGCUUGUACACUUUCUGGACUGGAGGCCCAGGGCCCCCUCCUCAGGCCCCUUCCAGGACGGGCUCCCAGUGCCUCUGAACCCUCCACUCGUGCUAUCCCCACCCAGAGCUUCUACUCGAAAGAAUUGUUUCUUCCGUUUAAAUCCAAACAGAAAAGUCCAGGUAAAUGUAUAGCAUCCCUUAGGGGGAGUGCCUAAAGUGGCAUUUCGUGAAGCCUGGAAGAUACAAGAGAAGGCGUGUGUGUGUGUGUGUGUGUGUUUAUUCACUACGCAGAUGUUGGGGAAACACUAUGUUAACAGGGCCUCCCCUGUGGCCCUGCUUCUUGGUUGGGCUUUUCUGAUUCAGCACCGUCUCCUCUCCUGUCCCCCAGCCUCCACCUCAGCUGCUCAGUUCGAAGUGUUCUGGCCAGUCUGAUAAAUGAUAACUCUGCCACCCCAGUUUUGACUUCUUGGUUUCAUUUGGGAUUAGGAUCGAAGGAAAAUCUAGAGAGACCAGGUGUCAGAAUCCUUUUUUUUUAAUUUUAUGGACGGAAGUACUUCCUUGAUCAUCUGUUGAAAUAGUUGUUUGAGGAAAAAGUAAUGGCGAGUGGCACAUUGCGGGAAAAUAGGAUUUGAAACCCAGUUGUAAUGUUUCUUCACUGAGAAAUUACCAGAGAAACUACCCUUCCUAAACAUUUUUCUUAAGGGUUUCACUCUCCAAUAAAAGAGACUAUAAAGAUUUAGAGUCUGGUUAAAAUAAGUUUUGAGUAAAAUUCUUCAAGUGAAAUGGAAAUUCUUGUUGCAGUCAUGAAGCCUUCUGUCCUCUCUAAAUUGAACUGGGUUUUCCCUGAGGAAAAUGCCUGUUCUGGUGUUACUUUGUAAUGAGGUGUUUGCUGUUCUGAUGCAGAACCCCCCUUUGCAGCCAGAAGCACCCAGAAGCAGAGACUGGGCGGUGGUCCCGCUGACACCUACAGACCGCCCCCCAAUCUCUGACCCUCCCGCCUUGUUUGGAAGUUGCAACACUGUAGCACACACAACUCAUUUUCACUCAGAAGGUAUUUUUAGAUACUUUAUUUGGAAGUAGGCACUGAAAACAAAGGUCCAGGAACAGUGAAGCCAGGGUGCCUUCACUGAGAGAGAGAGAGAGAGAGAGAGCGCGCGAGUGUGUGUGUGUGUGUGUGUGUGUGUGUGUGUGUGUGUGUAGGGGGUAUCUUGCACUUGGAGGGAAGUACCCCGCUGCUGCUGUUGAAGGAACUUCAGGGGUGCAUUUUAAGUGGUUGAAUAUUAUUGACUUAUUUUUGGCUCAAAACAUAGCAGGACCAGGCCUUACUUUCAUUGAUAAAUGACGUUUGUUAAUAUCUCACUAAUGGGAUUUCCUUUUUACACUCAACAAGUGAGUCAGGGCACCUUUUGAUUACUCCUCUGUUGUAGAAAUGUGCGUUCUGUGCGUUCUGCUAGGUUAUUUAUGAGUUCUUGUAUGCCUCAUGCGUUUGGAAAGACCUUGCCCCUUGAACUCUGUGACUCCCUGCCUCAUGCCCCCCCCCCCCCCCCCCCCGCUGGGAAGAAGCUUGAACAUUGCCGAAUGUCCUCAUUGUACUCACAAAGGGCUAGCCUCGAAUGUCACUUCCCUGACCUUCAAUCUCCCCACCUAGAGAGGGAUACAAUCACAGGUCUCUUGGCCUCAAUCAGAACUGCUGCCCACGCCGGCACCGCCACCGGGGAGACUCGCAUGCCGCCGCCACCACCUCACCGGGAGGGAGCCGCGCCCACCGCUGCCCCCCGAGCCCCGACAGCUGCCUCGCCUUGCCGCCGCCUCCCUGCAGGGCUCCUGUUUGGACGAAACACUCAAAACUGCGAAACCGUGUUUGCCUCCCCUGUUUACCCGACAGUCCGGGGGCCCCCGAAGAGCCCCCCCCCCCCCCCCCACCCCCGUGCCCUCCCUCUGCAGGCCUCGGUGCGCCCCGCAGGCUGCAGUGGGCGCGGGCACGCAGCUUUGUUCAAGUUCGAGUCCACUGUGUGUGCUUCCGCGCGGGCCGCAGGCAGCCCAGGACGGCCUCUCUGUGGCUCCUCACUGGCUUGUCCUACCCUGCGCAGGUAAUGCAACCAAUUUUGGUCUCAUCAGUCUGAUUUUUUUCCCCUGCCGCCCUUUAUUUAUCGAGCAUAAUACUACACGUGAAAGAACAGCAAAUAAGAACUUUGUAGAAUCCCACCAGGACUUUGCUAACAAUGAUAUUUGGAAAAUAGAAAAAAAAAAAAAAAAAACGCUCUGAAAACUAGCAGCCACCAAAAUAGCUUUGUUGGCACUGUGUUCACACGCAUGGUCCCUACACCCCCAGGUUGGGUUUUUGGGUUUCGUUUUCGUUUUCGGGGGGCUUUUCAUGUUACAUCCAUAUCUGUAUUUAUAUCUUAUUUGUUUCACUCUCAAGUGUAUCAUGGCAAAUGUACAGAUUUUUUUUGUUAAUAAUGUGCUAGGAUUUGCUAAAAAAGAAAACAACAAAAAAAAAAACCCUUUUGAGUUUGCCCUAGAAUAAAUGAAUCUUAAUUCA